UGGCACAGGAGCGAUGCCUCCUUCCCCUCCCAGCAGUAAUUUAGGGCAGUUUCCGCUGCCGCUCGCAGGAAGCCACGUGCAGGCAGUGCCGGUGACGUUGCUGGCACCAGUGUGGUGAGAUGGCCCAGCAGCUCAUCCGGAUCAUGCGACCGGAUGAUGCCAACUUUGCUGGGAAUGUCCAUGGGGGAAUCAUCCUGAAGAUGAUUGAGGAGGCAGGAGCCAUCAUCAGCACCCGCCACUGCAACUCCCAGGAUGGGGAGCCCUGCGUGGCCGCGCUGGCGCGGGUGGAGCGGACGGACUUCCUCUCCCCGGUGUGCAUCGGUGAGGUGGCCAAUGUCAGCGCCGAGAUCACCUACACCUCCCGGCACUCGGUGGAGGUCCAGGUCAAUGUCAUGUCCGAAAACAUUCUGACAGGGGCAAAGAAGGUGACGAACAAGGCGACGCUGUGGUAUGUGCCACUGUCCCUGAAGAACGUGAACAAGGUUGUUGAGGUUCCCCCCAUCCAGUAUGCAAGAAAAGAGCAGGAGGAGGAGGGGAAGAAGCGUUAUGAGGAGCAGAAGCUGGAUCGGCUGGAAACGAAGCAGAGAAACGGAGAUGUGAUCUUCCCCAUCAUCAAUCCAGACAGGCAGACGAAAGAGCCUCACACCGUUGGCUACAGCCAGUCCAGCCUGAUCCAUCUGGUGGGACCAUCUGACUGCACACUGCUGGGCUUUGUGCAUGGAGGGGUCACCAUGAAGCUCAUGGAUGAGGUCGCUGGGAUUGUGGCCGCCCGUCACUGCAAGACCAACAUCGUCACUGCCUCCGUGGAUGCCAUCAACUUCCAUGAGAAGAUCAAGAAAGGCAGCGUCAUCACCAUUUCGGGGCGCAUGACCUUCACAAGCAAUAAAUCCAUGGAAAUCGAGGUGUUUGUGGAUGCAGACCCGUUCGUGGACGAGGGUCGGGAGCGGUACCGAGCCGUCAGCGCCUUCUUCACCUACGUCUCCUUGAGCAAGGAGGGGAAGCCCCUGCCCGUCCCACAGCUGCUGACAGAGACGGAGGACGAGAAGCGGCGCUUCGAGGAAGGCAAGGGCCGGUACCUGCAGACCAAGGCCAAGCGGCAGGCGCAGCUGCAGCAGGCUGCCCUGCACUGACCCGUCCCACACCGCAGCCAUGGUUCCUGUUCGUGUCGUGUCCGUGCCCUUCGCCUGCCGCCGGAGCCGCCGCGGCCGUGCCGCUGCUUCACUGCUCAUCGGUUCAGCGCCAUAGACCUCGUGCUUUAGGUGGCUUCAGCCAUUGGCCUCUGGAGCUGUUCCCACUGUUGAAUCCCAAUGGAGGAGGUCCCUUAUCCUGUGCCGGAGCGAGAUGGAUGCGGAUGGUGGCACAAGGGACGCGCGAGGCCAAGAGUCUGUGUGAUGCUGUGUUAUAUGUGCUGGUACAUCCCGAACCAAAGCUUCUCACGUACGAUCCUUGGGUCGUAUGGAAUGUCUGGGACCGUCCCGUUGACAUCUGUAGGUAGAUUCUCUGUGCACAUCUAACUUAUUUAAGGAAUCCUGUGGCAUAAAUAAAGUCUGUUGUUGCUGACUGGGA